GUCAACUUCUAGAGUAUGAAACUGUUUGUAUGAUAGGAUCCGGUUCAUUCGGUACGUGCUUCAAAGUUAGAAACCGAACUACUGGAAAGUAUUAUGUGUGGAAGACUAUAAAAUAUGGAACAUUAUCACAAGAACAGAAGAAGGUGUGACGGAAUAACUGUUAGAUAAUUCAAAAUAGUUGCAAUAUUUAGAUUUUAGUGUCCGUGUGAUUGCAAACUCAGUUUCCACACGCCCUAAUGAUUUCCACGGGUCUCGAAUAUAAAUAUCCGUAGGAACGACGAUACUGUUUCAUCUAUGAACAAUUGAAUUGUGUUUGAAAUCAUGAACUCGAAUGUAGAUGCCCUAUAACACAAAUGUAGCGGGUUUGUUAACAUUAAGACAUACAUAGAUAAAUCCGUGUGUGUUCUCAGCGCCUUGUCUCCGAGGUGAAUUUAAUGAGCGGCCUACAUCAUCCGAACAUUGUCGAGUACCAUGAUCGCAUAAUUGAUAAAACUUCAGCUACUUUAUAUAUAAUAAUGGAAUGGUGCCCAGGAGGUGACCUCUCUGUACUUAUAACAAAAUGUAUAAAGAGGAAUUUAUCACUAGAUGAAGGAUUUAUAUGGCGUGUUCUCUAUCAGAUAGCACGUGCACUUCAAGCAUGCCACUCCCAGCUUCCAUCUGGAACAUUGUUGCAUAGAGAUGUGAAACCAGCAAAUGUCUUCUUAGAUUCAGAUAACAAUGCAAAACUUGGUGAUUUUGGGUUGGCACGUAUUCUAAAUAGUGACAGUAGCUGUAGUCAGACGUUUGUUGGCACACCUUACUACAUGAGUCCUGAGGUUAUAAUGGGUGGCGCAUACAGCAAAAAAUCUGAUGUGUGGUCGCUUGGGUGUAUUGUUUAUGAACUUUGUUCUCUCAGGCCGCCUUUCAAGGGUUCAAAUAUCAAACACUUAGCUCAGAAAAUCAUUGCAGGAAGGUUUCCAAGAAUUCCAGCACACUAUUCUGAAGACCUCCAAAACAUAAUUUCACUAAUGCUAAGUUCUAAGCCCUGUGAUCGCCCAACAGUUGAUGUUUUAAUUCAGAAUCCUGUUGUUCUUUCCCAUGUCAUUCAAGAUUGCAUUAAUGCAAAGUUAUCUGUACCUAAAAGUCUUCAAACUCUGGAAAAUCCAUGUGAAACAACUGAAAAGGUUAAAGUAUUCCUACAAGAUAACAUUGCAGCUUCCAAUCUUGCUGAUGUUCAGGUGAUACCAAAUGACAGUUUCUCAAAAGGCUUUGACUGUAAGUUUCAGGACAUAUUGUCAAAAAAACUGGAGGAGCUUAAAAGAAAAGAGGCAGCAUUGCAGUUAAAAGAGUUUGCAGUUGCUGAAAGAGAACGAGCUGUUCAAAAGAAAGAGAGAGAUUUGUACACAGCAACAACAGCUGAAGGAAGGUUUAUGACUGAGGGAAAAAGUCAGCAUAAAUAUCGUGAUGUUAAGUUGACAGCAUGGAAGCAGAAAACUCCACACUUGUACCAUAUGCCUAUGAAGAAUGAAGACACUUCUUUCAGUGCAGACACUGGUGACACAAGUAUCCUUCCAACUUCUGCAAAACUGAUUGCAGAUGCUAAAGAAUGUUUCAUAAAAAAACCAAAUGAAAGGAGAGUUCAUUUUGAUACUGUACCAAUACUGGAUGCUGUUGAGUAUACAUUUUAUGACAGAAGUAGUACCCUUCGCAUUAAGAAGCCUGCAAUUGGUAAAACUAAUGAACAUAUGCAUUCUGAAACUGCUGGUUGCAUCAGCAAGAAAAAUGUAUUGCACAGAAAGUCCUCUGCUCAGGUUCUUCAAAAUGUUGACAAUAUCAACCAGAAUAAUGUGGGUAGCUCACAUAGGCAUGUAUUCAGCCAGUGGAAGAAGGCAGGUACCAUUCCCCGGACAGGGAGGGGUAAUUGUUCAAAUAAGGAAAAUAAGCAUCCUACAGUGUCUUGUGCUCAAAAUACAGUUGAAUUGCCUGUGGAUGAUGUUCUUACCAAGAAAUUCAGUUCAGUGGUAAAUUUCCGAUGAACUGGAGAAUGAGUGAUAUGGUCUCAUGUAUUAAACACACAUAAAAAACUUAGUACCUGACUAGUUUGUAGCUAAUCAAAUUAACAUGGGGAUAGUUAAUCAAUAAAAUUAUUUUAUUCGUAUUGAGUCUCAGGGAUCCUAGAAAACUGACAUACAUACAUACUUAACAUCUAACAUGUGAGCUUCAAUUGGUAUUAUUAUGCUUUACUGUUUUUAUAUAAAAAUU